UGGUCCAGUCACGUUUCCAAUCUCUCUUCCUCAAUUCUGCUACCUAACUUCAUCGUCCCUUCUAUAUUAUGUAUUCACGCGGAAACAAACGCAGAGAGAGAGAGAGAGAGAGAGAUGGGAAUUAAGGAAGUUGGAGCCGAAGAGUUGGUGAAAGCUGGGCUAGAUGUGGAGGAGGCGAAGACGGUGGAGAAAGGACUCAAGGAAGCAAUAAUUGCUGCGGCCGGUGGCAGUAGUGGUGGAUUGAAUCAGCCAGAGCUAUGGCGGCAGCUCACAGCUCGCCAGCGGUUGCUCAAGCCCUCGCACCCACAUUCCGUCCACCAGCUCCUCUACUACUCGGUCUACGAGCAUUACAAUGGGCCCCCUCUCUACUGGUUCCCUUCACUGGAUGAAGCCAAACGCACAAACUUGGGGCGCCUCAUGGAAUCUCAUGCUUCAAAGCUUUUGGGAGAUGCAUACAAGGAUCCCAUUACCAGUUUUACCCUCUUCCACAACUUCACUGUUCAGAAUCCUGACGUUUACUGGUCAUUAGUACUAAAGGAGCUUUCAGUUCAAUUUCGUCGAGUCCCAAAAUGCAUUCUGGAUACUUGUGACAGAUCGAAACAUGGGGGAGAAUGGCUCCCUGGUUCAGUUUUGAAUAUUGCCGAGUGUUGUAUACUGCCCAGCGCCUAUCCAAGAAAGCCGGAUGAUGGUUUAGCCAUCGUAUGGAGAGACGAAGACAACGAUUCCCAUGUUAAUCAGAUCACAUUACAAGAGCUCCGGGAGCAAGUAAUGUUGGUGGCAAAUGCAUUGGAUUCCAUAUUCUCGAAGGGAGAUGCAAUUGCAAUUGUGAUGCCAAUGACAAUCACUGCAGUUGUUAUAUAUUUGGCAAUUAUACUCGCAGGAUUUGUUGUUGUAUCAAUAGCUGACAGCUUUGCUGCAAAGGAAAUUGCUACUCGUUUGCGUGUAUCAAGAGCAAAGGCUAUCUUCACUCAGGAUUUUAUAGCACGAGGAGGUCGAAAAUAUCAAUUAUAUAGUCGAAUCAUAGAAGCCCUUCCAGUAAAAGCUAUUGUAGUUCCUGCAUCUCGAACAGACGUGGAUGUUCAAUUAAGGAAUCAGGACAUAUCGUGGAAAGAUUUCCUUUCCAGUGUUGUUCAUCUUUCUAGACCAAAUUACUAUUAUCCAGUUUAUCUACCAAUAGACUCAACAACUAAUAUACUAUUCUCAUCUGGAACCACUGGGGAUCCAAAAGCCAUUCCAUGGACACAACUCUCCCCGAUUCGAUGUGCUGCUGAUUCUUGGGCACAUGUUGAUGUCCAACAUGGGGAUGUCGUCUGCUGGCCCACAAAUUUAGGAUGGGUGAUGGGGCCAAUUUUGCUAUAUUCUUGCUUUCUGACAGGGGCAACGCUUGCUCUAUAUAAUGGAUCUCCACUUGACCAUGCUUUUGGAAAAUUUGUUCAGGAUGCAGGUGUUACUAUUUUGGGCACAGUCCCUAGCUUAGUGAAGGCUUGGAAGACUACAAACUGUAUGGAAGGCCUGAACUGGACAAAUAUUAGGGCAUUUGCGUCUACUGGGGAAGCCUCUAAUGUAGAUGAUGACCUUUGGCUUUCUUCGAGGGCUUUCUACAAACCGAUUGUCGAAUGUUGUGGGGGUACUGAGCUUGCAUCAUCCUACAUCCAAGGAAGUCUUCUGCAACCACAAGCUUUUGGGGCAUUUAGCUCUCCAUCAAUGACAACAAGUUUUGUCAUCCUUGAUGAACAUGGAGUUCCUUAUCCGAAUGAUCAAGCUUGUGUGGGUGAAGUGGGUUUGUUUCCUCUAUACAUGGGGGCUACUGAUAGAUUGCUCAAUGCUGAUCACGAAAAAGUUUACUUCCGAGGAAUGCCCAUAUACAAAGGAAUGCAACUAAGGAAGCAUGGUGAUGUCAUCAAAAGAAUGACUGGAGGCUAUUUCAUUGUACAGGGAAGGGCUGAUGACACCAUGAAUCUUGGUGGCAUAAAGACGAGCUCAGUUGAAAUUGAGCGUGUGUGUAACCAAGUUGAUGAAAGCAUCUUGGAAACUGCUGCAGUCAGCACUGCACCAGCAAGUGGUGGUCCAGAGCAGCUAGCGAUAUUCGUGGUAUUGAAGAAAGGAUUUAACACUGAUUUGGGCAGGCUAAAGAUGCUUUUCUUAAAAGCUAUUCAGAGCAACCUGAACCCGCUGUUUAAGGUGAGCCUUGUAAAGAUUGUGCCUGAAUUUCCUCGAACUGCUUCGAAUAAGUUACUCAGGAGAGUUCUAAGGGACCAACUAAAGCGCGAGCUUCAUGUUCAAAGUAAAAUUUAAUGGCAACAUCAGUAGUUCUUGGUAUGGAAAUUUUGAACAUGUAAAGCUCAUGCAUUUAGUUUCUGAGAUGGAUGAAUAAGAACAAAAUGGUAAUUAGAUUUCCUUCUGAGGACAAAUUCAGUGUGAAAUGGUAUUAUUUAUCAGUUGAUAGUGAUUUUAUGUGGAAUGGUUUUAUGAGAAGUGUAAGUGAACAGUUACUUUCUCAAGCAAUGCAACUAAUGAAAUGACUACUUAAUCCAUUUCUUGCAUA